CGCAUGCGCACAGUGCACAGAAGGCCUUGCAAAUACCGGGUGCAGGGCUGAAAUGGUUAACACGAGGGGGCAUAAUUUUAAGGUGCUUGGAAAUAGAUACCGAGGCAAUGUCAAGGGUUAAAAACGAGAAGGAAUUUGUCACUGGGAAUCUCAAAAACGACACGCCAGUUUUGCUGUCACUGUCUAGAUAUUUAAGAAGUGGAGCAAGGGAUUCACUCGGUCAUCCUUCCUGCUCAGACCGUGGAAUGGAUUCACUCGGUCAAUUGACCAACCGGCACACCCGUCAUUUUACACAAGAGAAAGGCCAUUCACCUUCUCAGACUGUGGGAAUGGAUUCAGUCGGUCAUCUUAACUGAAGGUACAUCAGCAAGUUCACACUGGGCAAGGCCACUCACCUGUUCUGUGUGUGAGAAGUGGUUCACUCAGUUUUCCCACCUGUGGGCACUCCAGUCAUUUCACACCAGGCAGAGGCUGGUCAUCUGCUGAAUUUCUGGGAAAGGAUUCACUCAGUCAUCUGACGUAAUGGCUCACCAGCGAGUUCACACCAGGGAGCGGCCGUACAACUGCUCAGUCUGUGGGAAGAGAUUCACUCACUUAUGCAACCUACAGAAUCAUCAGCCAGUUCACACUGGGGAGAAGCCGUUCACCUGCUCAGACUGUGGGAAGAGCUUCACUCACUUAUGCAACCUACAGAAUCAUCAGCCAGUUCACACUGGGGAGAAGCCAUUCACCUGCUCAGAAUGUGGGAAGGGGUUCAGUCAGUCAUCCCAACUACAGAGUCAUCUGCGAUUUCACACUGGGGACAGGCCGUUCACCUGCUCAGAAUGUGGGAAGGGAUUCAGUCAGUCAUCCCACCUGCAGAGACAUCAGCGAGGUCACACUGGGGACAAGCCGUUCACCUGCGCAGUCUGUGGGAAGGGAUUCAGUGAUUCAUCCCACCUGCAGAGACAUCAGCGAGUUCACACUGGGGAGAAGCCAUUCACCUGCUCAGACUGUGGGAAGAGAUUCACUCAAUCUUCCACCCUACAGGCACACCAGCGAGUACACACUGGUGAGAAGCCGUUCACUUGCUCAGUCUGUGGGAAACGAUUCACUCUGUCAUCUACCCUACUGGUACAUCAGCGAGUUCACACUGGGGAGAAGCCGUUCACUUGCUCAGUCUGUGGGAAACGAUUCACUCUAUCAUUCCAACUACUGAAGCACCAGCGAGUUCACACAGGGGAAAGGCCGUUUGCCUGCUCAAAAUGUGGGAAGAGAUUCGCUGGAUCAUCCAACCUACAGAGACACCAGCGAGUUCACACUGGGGAGAAGCCGUUCACUUGCUCAGUCUGUGGAAAGGGAUUCACUCAAUCGUCCCAACUACUGGCACACCAGUCAGUUCACAAUGGGGAAUGGCCAUAGUUAUCCCAAAUCCUCGGGUUUCGUUUGCUUUGGACUGUCAUUUUAAGAGAGAGAGAGAGAUUAAGAAGGCGAAUCAGUCUGGCUUGCAGCUUGUUUACAUCGCUCACGGCUUGUUUUGUUUUAACCAAGGACACGGACACUCAGAGUCAUUCGGAGACGAAGGAGGCAAAAUGGAAGGAUCGAAACAAGGGAACCAGUGGCCAAGGGUCACUGUUUGGAAUUUCCCUAUGCCCACAAGGGUGGGUUAAUUAUCGAUUCAGCGUACAUGAAAUGUGUGGUUGUUACCUUGUUUGAUCCAUAGGAGUGGAUCUGAUUUGGGGUACCCUGUGAAGACUGCUGAUGUGUUAACCCUUGCCUGGGUGUGGUGUGGUUAUUCACUUGAAGCAGAUACCCCUUCUGACAAGUCACCUUCGGUGAUAAAUUAUACGUGGGUUUGGAACGACGACAAAUAAAAUUUACAGCGACUGUUCUCUCGUUUUACAGCCAUGGAACCUGUGGAAUUCGACAUAAUUGCAUUCUCUCAACAUUUACCAUGGAUUACAAAUAUCUCUCUCAUCACCUAUUCUGUGGUUGAACUGAACUUUCAUACUUUGCCAUCUCAAGAUUCCAAGCCUUGUUUCCCCCGAGCUCAAUAGUUUGGGAGUUUUAUUUACACACAUAUAUACACAAAACACUGUUAACUUUUGUUUAUCUUGCUUAUGUUACUAUAUUACAAGUAGAUCCUAAUAAAGAUAGUUUUAACAUCAAAAACAGACUCCAGGUAUAGUCUAUUGCUGCUGGUUCAUUUCUAAAACGUUAUGAUUCGUAACAAAAUUGGGGCCUGCAUCCAGUAUAUGAACAGAUUUGGGGGUGUAUUCAUUAAUUAUCAAUUUCAUCCCUUUUAAUUUAUUUGUGUGUGGAAAAUCAGCAGCAAUGGAUGCUGACCAACCUCUGAGGCAUUAGAGGACGCCAGAAGGAUUGAGUUGUUGAGCCUUGCUAGAAGGUUAAAACUUGCUAAGGUGAAAUUGACAAUGAGGAGGGCACAGAUGCAGAGGAUAACAGCUGAACAUUAUGUAUCUGCGGGUGUGUUUAAAGUGGAGGAGUUGGAGGUGUUUCCUGAAAGUAAACCUCGUGAGCUUGAGCUCCAGUACAAGUGAGAAAAAUUAAACUGGCUGCGGAAAGGCAGAGGCAGUUUGAGGCUAGAGAGGCAGAAAAACAGAGAAGAGGCAGAAAAAUAGAAGGAGGAAACAGAAAGACAGAGGCUGUUCGAGCUGCAAAAGAUAAAGAGGUUGCAGCAAAGGAGUCUAGUGUUAGUCUCUGGUGAUAAAUUUGACGAGAGUUGGGAAGUUAAAUUGGUCUCUCCAUUUGAUGAGGCAGAGAUUGAUAAAUACUUUCAGCAUUUUGAGAAGAUUGCUCAGAGUUUAAAGUUGGUUGGCCUCUUCUCAUAAAAAGUGUAAUUAAGGGGAAGUCUCAGGAAGCUAUUCUGCUUUGACAAUUGAUGAGGCAGCU